CUUGGAGUUUCUUGGUUUUGGGAAUUGGGAUUGGUGCGAGUCGGAGUCGGAGUCGGAGUCUACUUGAUCGAUUUUGAAAGUUUGUUCCUUUAGUUCAGUUCCGAUGGGGGACAACGUGGAUAAGAAGAAGGCCAGGUUAGAAGAAGCUGAGCAAGACGACAUGCUGCACUACAAUCAGUAUCAGGACCCCACGGGGGGACAAGAUCUGCAGUUGCAAGCUUGGACGAGGCAACAGAACCAGUUUCUUCAAUCUAUGACUCUUCCACAACAGCAGUACAUCCAGCACCAGGACCCCACCGUAAGGAAUCCGCAGUUGCAAGCUUUGUUUCACCGGCACAGGCUGAGGCAGCAGCAGCUGAGACGGCUACUACUACUGCAACAACAGAUCCCUCCUAAUGUAUGUCCUUUUGGAGGUGGUAUGUGCGCUCAUCGGAAAUUUAUGAUGUUCUUGCAUCACAUAAAGCAACGACCUGAGGAUAAUUGCAUUACCUUUUGGAGGGAAUUCGUGGCUGAAUACUUCUCACCUCGUGCAAAGCAAAGGUUGUGCUUUUCACAGUACAAUGGUGCUGGGCACAUGCUUGGCACCUUACCCCAGGGUAUGUGGCAGUGUAAUCUCUGCGGCACCAAGUCUGGAAAAGGAGUUGAGGCAACUUUCGAUGUGCUUGCCAGACUAUUUGAAAUCAAAUUUGCUAGUGGCUUCGUUAACGAGCUCUUAUCCCUGGAAGAUCCACGAGAAUGCAGAGUUCCCAGUGGACUGAUUGUAUUAGAAUAUAGAAAACUAGUUCAGACAAUUGAAUAUGAGGAGUGUCGUGUUGUUCAUGAGGGCCCUUUUCGGAUCAUAUUCUCUCAAGAUUUAAAGAUCCUGCGUUGGGAGUUUUGUGCUCGGCGUCAUGAAGAGUUUCUUCCCCGCAGACUUAUUGCUCCCAAGGUGAACCAGUUGCUUCAGGUUGCACAGAAAUGCACGAUUUCGGAAAGUGGGUCAGAGGGAGUUGCUCAGCAGGAUUUACAAACAAACAGUAACAUGGUCUUGGGAGCUGGACGGCAGCUGGCAAAGUUCAUGGAGUUGCAGCCUCUGAAUGAUCUUGGUUAUCCGAAAAGAUAUUUCAGAGCUCUACAGACAUAUGAAGUUGUCAAGAGCAUGAAGGCUCUGAUGGAUUUCACAGAGAACCACAAAAUUGGCCCUAUCGAGGGGUGGAAACGGCUUUCGGAACAGACAGAGACAAUGAGGCUCCAGAGACAGAGAAUGCAAGAGAUGGAGCACUUAUGGAAUAGUGGAGCUAUGAAUAGGUCAGCUCAAGCUCAGAUGGACGGCCUAACUGGCAACAACAAUCACCAUCAUAGCUCAGCUCAAGCCGCUGCUGCUCUGACCAACAACCAAAGCAUGCUUAUGAGGCUAAAUGCUAUGAAUAACCCAUACUCAGAUACGGGCGCCCAAGAGGGAUUCUCGUCGAGUCAGCAUCCAACCCCAAACUUAAACCAGAGUCCAUAUUGGUCUCAUCAGAGGCAGAACUUAGCAACAGGUGGAUUUCUCAGCUCUCCCCAGAUGCAACAGCAGCAGCAGCGCACCAUGCAUGGCACUCUCAACACGUUUCAGCAGACACAUUUUCCAGAAGAUGCCACAGAAAUACCUGUCGAUUUCUCAGACGACAACUUCAACGACAGUGAUAAGUAGGGUAGCUUGUAGAACAGAACAGAGGCGUUGCUACUUUGACUUCUAACAAAGUGAAAGGGGGUUUUAGGCUUAAUUCUUCUCAUUUAGGUUUGGUUUGUUGGUCUUUGUAUAGAAAACCAAAAGGGUUAUGAGACCAGUGAAGGAAGUUGUAACCUAC